UAUAUGUCAACAGGUGAACUUCCGUUUCCUUCACGACUCAGCCAACAUGGCGACGCAGGGAGAGCAAAACAACUACUUUGUAAGAGAAAUUGAGAAAAACGACGGUUCUGUCUUGACAGUGAGUCAAUGUUACAUGGGGGACGUGGGCUGCGUGGUGUGGGAUGCAGCCAUCGUUCUUGCAAAAUAUUUAGAGACAAAAGAAUUUUACGAUCCGUCCUUGGGAGUGAAUUUAUGGGCUGGCCGAAGAGUGGUGGAGUUAGGAGCUGGAACCGGGGUCGUUGGUUUGAUGGCAGCAACACUGGGCGCUUAUGUUAGUGUGACAGACUUGGAGGAUCUACAGACCCUACUGAAAGUGAACAUUCAAGACAACCAGACUCUCAUCACUAGUGGAUCCAUAACUGCCAAGGUACUGGAAUGGGGCAAAGAUGUAUCUGGUUUCCUUCCACCUCCAAACUAUGUCCUUAUGGCAGAUUGUAUUUAUUAUGAGCAGUCGAUUACUCCACUGGUGGAGACCUUGAAGCUUCUCAGUGGACCAGAGACUUGCAUUAUUUGUUGCUACGAGCAACGCACCGAGGGCAUCAACCCAAAAGUGGAGGAGCAGUAUUUUGAGUUGCUGCACCAAAGCUUCAACUGUGAAGAAAUUCCAUUGAGCAAACAAGACGGAGAGUUUAGUAGUCCAGACAUCCGCAUCCUGCAUGUGAGGAAAAAAAGUCUGAGAUUGUAAGAUGACAUUUGUGUAAACCGAAGAUGUUUCACUGUCGGAGUACACCAUGUACUGGUUGCCAUUCCAUCUCAGCGCACACGGGAGACAGACAACUGUUCACACUCACAUUCAGUUCAGUGCAGACAGCUCGACAAGUCUUCAAUGACCGUAACAUGCAUUUUUUUGGCACGUGGGAGGAAGCCAGAAUACUCAAAGAAAAUCCACAUAAGCAAGGGGGGGACCUUGCUAACUCCACACAGGAAGGCGAGAGCCGAGAUUCAAUCCCGAAACUCAGAACUGUAAAGGAGGGAUGCUAAGCACUAUAUCAGUGUGCUGCCCUAAAUAGCAAAUUAUUCACACAAAAAAACCAACUAUUUUGGGAUCCUGUGUUUAUGUGACAUUUAACUUGCAGUUAAUUUAACAAUUAUCUUUUAACGGUAUACCAUGAAUCCAUGUGUGAAGCAUUGCUGAGUUGUAACACUAGGGGGCAAUAGUUGCCAUCAAAAAAGGUGUUGAAUCUGCAAAAGCUGCAAUUUCAUUACGAAUCGGAGGUUGGUGGUCAUUUUUUCCCCUUUAUUUCAUUUUAAUCAGUAACAUGAUUGCUAUUUCACCGUCAAGCACAGGCUACAGUCACAGAAGUCCUCAACCGUUUUCCUGACUAAAAUAUGUACUCAAUAUUGUCUAUUUAUAUAAGCUUCAAGUCUGUGCUAAUGCCAACUCUCAUGCCACUCACGCUUCUGCCAUUCUUUUUUUCUCCAUGCAAGGGGAAUUCCAUCUGACCGUCCCAGAUGAGGCGCAAGAUUAUGGCUGUUUUACAAGCAUAAACUGUGAGGUACCCCCCACUCUCCCACAGGUAUGCGGGGGCCUCUUUGUAGUCUUUCAGCCUCUUCACUUGUUACAUUCCUGAACUCUAGUGCAACAGCCAAGGCAGCCUCCAAUGGUCAAAUAAAACGAUUAAUGCUGACAUUGGGCUACCAAUGUAGUCCCUUAAAAUAAUGUAAGAUAUACCAUGACGGAACAAAUAGCAAUCACGUGAUGGAAAACUUUAGAGUAAAGUCUAGAGAAGUAGAUCCGUUUAGAGUGGCUUUGGAGAGAAGCCUCAGUUCAGAGACCUAUCAGGACUUGGGGAGCGGUGGGUUGAAGGUUUGAUGAUAUAAAACCAAAUAAAAAUUGGAAGUCUGCUUCUUAAGCACUGUCGGCGCAACAUACUGAGCUGCACUGCAGUUCCUACAUCACUGCAACCUACAAUUCCAGGACAUACAUUAAUACACCUGAUAGUGUCAAUAAAAAGUUAGCAUUAUUAUCUUAGUAAAGGCAGACAAUUUUGACACAGCUCUUGUACUGAAUUUCAUUAUAGAUGGUUUAAGUAGUCAUGAUGUUAUCAACCGUUUGACUCUGCACUAAUGGUCGGAUGAUUCAGUUUUCCCGUGGCACUGACUGUGAUAUGUUCAGCUAAUUAAUCUAACUCACAGGUAUAGUAAUAAGUCGAAGAGCAUUAUGUUGGACCCAGGGGGGAUCAUUUGGAGAUUAGAGGGGAGCGCCACUAUUAAGUGUAGCAUUCCUGCUGCAUGCCGACCGACAGCUCUCUCUCUCACUCUCUCUCUCUCUCCCCCUCUCUGUGUUAUUAUUUUGAAUCAAGAAUUUUUCUGGCGUCCUAUCGCCUUCAUAAAUUUUCCAUAAAUAAUUCCAAAAGUGUUGUGACAGUCUUUGUUAAUUAGAUGAGCACUGCUAGGGAAUGCAGUAAAUGGGACGGCUUACUAUGAAGCGAUGACGUUUUGUCUUCUAUGCUCAGACUACAACUGUAAACAUUGUUGAACAUGUGUAACUUAUACAUGCAUCCUGGAGGCACAACGUCAGCAAUUUCUGAUCACAGAUGGUGCUAUUAGUGGAAAGUUAGACAAUUUAACAGACUAAUGUGGCAUUUAACACCCUAGUCAUUUAUAAAUAACCAAACAGCCUAAGCAUAGGGUGUGCACACUCAUUUAUUAUAGAAUUGAGUUUUCUUUGAUGCAGGAUAUCUUUUUAUCACAGUAUGUGCCGGUUGUUUGGAUUUCAAUCCCCAGCCCAUUUAAACAGUUUGAGUUCCAUAUACCAUUUAUUCAAUGCAUACACCUUCCUUUACUUCUUUUACAUUGAGAAAUAAGAAAACAGAUUCUUGUGGGAGUGUGAGGGACAGUACUCAGCAACACGACUGCUGCAUCACGGUCAAGUGACACAGAUGAGACUUUGUAUCAUCAAUUUAUCAUCAUCAUCAUCAUCAUGCCACCUGGCGCUAAGAGAUGCAGUGUUCCCCAAAUGAAGACUCAUUCUCUCACUAUAAAGGUGUGCCUUCAAAAUAGACCGCUAACUGGGACAGUUAAAGAUAGAAAAGGCUGUGUAAAUGUGGUACUGCACCCUCAUGGAUCAUCCGUCUCUCAAAGAUGACUCAACUCAAAUGAAUGCUUCAAAGGCACGGUCAGAGCAUCACUGGAACUCAUUUAAUUAGUGCUCUCUCAGCUCAGCUGCACUACAUUGUGGGAAGUGUUGGCCAUUUAGGGCUAGCAGUAAUCACAGUGAAUGUAAACAUGACUGUACCAGAAAAGGCUAAAGAACUGCACAGUGAUUUGCUAGCGACCCAACUGUUAUUUCAUCACCAUAAAUUGUUAUUUUUAGAUUGGACAGUAUUUAUUUUUUUAACCAGAACAAUCACAAUAAGGUAAAUAUAAUGUUGUUCGGGCGGCACGGUGUACGACUGCUCAGCACAUCUGCCUCACAGUUCUGAGGACCCGGGUUCAAAUCCGGCCUCGCUUGUGUCGAGUUUGCAUGUUCUCCCCAUUUCUGCGUGGGUUUUCUCCGGGUACUCCGGUUUCCUCCCACGUCCCAAAAACAUGCCAGGUAGGUUAAUUGAAGACUCUAAAAUUGGCCGUAGGUAUGAAUGUGAGUGUGAAUGGUUCCCUGAGAUUGGCUGGUGACCGAUUCAGGGUGUACCCGCCUCCUGCCUGAAGAUAGCUUGGCUCCAGCAGCCCGCGACCCUAGUGAGGAUAAGCGGUAAAAGAAAAUGUGUGUUCAUAUAUAUGGAUAAUAUUGUUUUGUACUGCAGUCGUUACUGAAAAAGGUUGAUACCAUUCGUAGUUUUGAUAGUUUUCCUCUCGCCUUCUUCUCUUUUCCACUUCACUGGGUAGCUCCACUUCAUUUUUCUAAAACUUCACCAACGAAUUUGUUUCCUGAAUCAAGUCUGCGCAUGUGCAAUCCAUUGCAGGAGGAGGGAUUGGGUAGCAGUCAAAACAAUUAUGAUAGAUUAAGUAUUUUAAUGAUUUAUGCAUCUGAAUUAAGACUAAAAUGCUAUUAAUAGCUUUAAAUAGAAGAAAACAAUCAGUUUUGUGUGACGGGGCAGCCCCAGGUAUUUGCCUGUGCUGGACGAAUCGUGAAUCUGCCCCUGGUUAAGCAUUCUUUGGUCCCUUUAAAGGCUCUAUAUAAAUUGAAAAUGUAGUAUUAUUGUUGUUAUUAUUAUUAUUAAAUAUAGUGGAAUGAUUAAAUCAUAGUCAUGCCAGCAAUCUGAGCAAGUGUUCUUCCAUUUUUUUGUAUAGAAACAUGAUAAUUCGAGCCAGCAAGCUCCUCUCUAAUUACAUACCAACUUGUCAAACAUACAUAAUGUAGUUAGUGUUGGCCAGCUUUAGGAAAAUCAUUUUUAUUUUUUUUUCCAUUCCGUGUGAGUGAUUGGGUGGAUCCAGCCAACGCUAGUUUGAAAUUUAAAUCUGAGUCAUGAAGCGCUUUAGGAGGUUAUGUAAAGCCAAAAAGAAACACUCCAAGCAGAUGCCAUUUGUACUUUGUCCUGUGUGUGUAACCUCUCGGUCAAAUACACUGAACAAACUAAAGAUUCACUUCUUUUUAGGGAUUGCUGCUCUUUGAGCCAACUGAAUUGACUUUAUUGUGGCGUAGCUUCUCUUUCAAAGACUGAUCAUGCUCGGCUGUAACGUCCUUGAAUGUGUGUGCGUGUGUGUGUGUUACAGCUGAGUAAACAACGCUCAGGGACCAACUAGUUAAACUACAUGGGCAAAUGUAAGGUUUUCACAUGAAUAGAAUCCGUGAUGCUUAAGGAUGGAAUGUGACUGCUUUUUAAAGAAAAGACUAUGAUUAUAGACCUGGAACAACUGUAUAAUUACUUAAAUUACUUACUCUUAAAUCAUGUAAUUAAUGUUUGUGUAAGCAUUCUAUCUAUCAUUACAAGCCAAAUUGGUUAUGUCUAACAGGCAUCCAACAAGAUAUGAUCAUUUUAUGCUCUGGUGAACCUGUAAUAUAAGAUAGCAAAUAAACUUUAGUUAUAAAUAUGAAAGGAAUGCGAGUUGGUCCAUUGCCCAAAGAGCACCCUUUCACAAUGGUUAAAAAGUAAAACAAGCCUAUGCUCAACUUGCACGUUCAGCGAAUACAGAGAAAAAAAAAAUGGAAUAUGUCUAUUCUAACUAACAUUUAACAACGAACCACAACAUGGCUGGCACCUGAAAUAACUUUCAGCUGCUUCCGGAGCUGCUAACUUUGCUAACAACCAAAGAGAAGCUUUUACCGUCCUUGAGGAUAAGCAUCACCUCUGUAAACUGUAGGAGGGUGGGUGUUCCCUGCUGACAUUUUGGAGCUAAAUGGACCACUGUAAUAAUAGACUUUGCCUCUGCGUUAGUGCAUUAUAAAUCCUACAGUUAUACAUUAAGCCAGAAAUAAAUGUACACAAGCUUCAGAGUUGGCGGCACGGUGGUCGACUGGUUAGAGUGUCUGCCUCACAGUUCUGAGGACCGGGAUUCAAUCAGUUUGCAUGUUCUACCCGUGCCUGCGUGGGUUUUCUCUGGGCACUCCGGUUUCCUCCCACAUUUCCCAAAAACAUGCAUGGUAGGUUGAGUGAAGACUUUAAAUUGCCCGUAAGUAUGAA